AUGGGGCUGUUGUUCAAACACGUUUUUCUGCUAAGUGUUUUCUACAUUGGUUUCGUUUUAGGACAAAGAUCGACUUACAUUGUUCAUAUGGACAAAUCUUACAUGCCCAAAGCUUUUGCCAACCACAACCAUUGGUAUUCCUUUAUGAUCGAUUCUUUGACGUCCACUGCGACAAUCGACAAGCCUUUCCGCCGGAGCUCGACUCCGGCGGCGCGGUUAGUCUACACGUACGACAACGCAUUCCACGGAUUUAGCGCCAUGCUAUCGGAGGAAGAAGCGAAAGCCUUGGAGAAGGCUCCCGGGUUUCUCUCCGCGUACCGUGACCGGAGUGUCACACUCGACACUACUCAUACGUUCGAGUUUCUUUCGUUGAACCCGGAUUGGGGAUUGUGGCCGGCUUCCGAUUACGGCAACGAUGUGAUCAUUGGCGUUAUCGACACGGGCGUUUGGCCGGAGAGUCGAAGCUUUCACGACGAUGGAAUGGGCGAAGUUCCGACGAGGUGGAAGGGGAUAUGCGAAGAAGGGCAAGAGUUCAAUUCUUCGAUGUGUAAUAAGAAGCUGAUCGGCGUCCGGUAUUUCAACGAGGGAGUUAAGGCCGGAAAUCCGAACACGACGCUGACCAUGAACUCCGGGAGGGACACUCAAGGCCACGGCACGCAUACGUCGUCAACUGCCGCCGGGAAUUACGUCGAAGGCGCGUCGUUUUUCGGAUACGCCUCGGGGACUUCUAGAGGCAUGGCGCCUCGAGCUCGAGUGGCGAUGUAUAAGGUCCUUUGGGACGAGGGGCGGUACGCCUCCGACGUUCUCGCCGGUAUGGAUCAAGCCGUAGCCGAUGGAGUUGAUGUCAUUUCCAUCUCGAUGGGGUUCGACGGCGUGCCGUUGUAUCAAGACCCGAUCGCCAUAGCCUCGUUCGGAGCUAUCGAAAAGGGAGUACUUGUUUCGUCGUCGGCCGGAAACGAGUAUAGGAUCGGGAGCCUACAUAACGGGAUCCCGUGGGUACUAACCGUGGCAGCCGGAUCGAUCGACCGGUUCUUCGCUGGGACAUUAACUCUAGGCAACGGAGUAACGAUCACCGGAUGGACAAUGUUCCCGGCGCCGGCACUUAUCGACGACUUGGUUCUCAUCUACAACAAAAACAUAUCGUCAUGCGACUCGACCAACGCGUUAUCGAACAUCGGCCGAGGGAUCGUCAUAUGCGAAAACGGCUCCGUCAGGAACCAGAUCUUCUACGUUUCACAAUCGAACGCUAACGCCGCCGUCUUCAUUUCAGAUGACGUAAAUGUAUUCGAAGACAGCGAGUUUUCGUACCCGGGCGUCGUGAUCAGCCCACGCGACGCCGCUGUUUUGAUGGAAUAUGUCGAGAAAACGAAAGUUCCGCUCGGCAGCAUCACGUUCCAGAAAACGUUUGUCGGGACAAAGCCAGCUCCGGUCGUGGCCUCGUACACUUCACGAGGCCCUUCGCCGAGCUAUCCGUAUGUCCUAAAACCGGACAUUAUGACGCCGGGAUCAUUAGUAUUAGCAUCGUGGAUACCGAACUCGCCGAUAGCUUCCAUCGGUACAAACAUCGAGUUGAUCGGCGAUUUCGCGCCCCUGUCCGGGACAUCGAUGGCAUGUCCUCACGCUGCCGGAAUCGCCGCACUUCUACGAGGCGCACACCCGGAAUGGAGCCCGGCGGCUAUUCGAUCAGCCUUAAUGACGACAGCCAACCAUUUGGACAACACCAACGGCUACAUUAAGGAUUCGUUCUUCAAUUACGAUGUUGCCUCGCCUUUAGCCAUGGGAGCGGGGCACGUCGAUCCGAACAAGGCCCUCGAUCCCGGGCUCAUCUACGACGCGACGCCGCAGGAUUAUGUGAAUCUUCUUUGCUCCAUGAACUUCACGAAGAAUCAAAUCAUGACCAUCACGAGAUCGAGCUACAGCUGCUCGGACCCGUCGCCGGACCUGAAUUACCCGUCGUUCAUUGCCUUUUACGGCAACGGAACCGCCGGAGUUUUGGUUCGGACAUUUCAAAGAACUGUGACGAAUGUAGGAGACGGCAAGAGUUCUUACAAGGUUCGAGUGGAAGCUCCCGAUGGCUCGAAAGUUAGUGUCUCCCCGACCACAUUUGCGUUCGGAGAAAAAUAUGAAAAGCAGAAGUACUCGGUCACUGUCGAAUACAGGGGGAGCAUCAAUGGAACAGUUACAUUCGGAUCGAUAACUUGGGUUGAGGACAAUGGAAAUCACACUGUUAGGAGCCCUAUAGUGGUGUCUCCCAUGAUUCCUGUCUGGUGAUCAAUGAUCAUUCUCAUUUCAUAUCGACAAAUUUCAAAUAAUAAUAAUGAUGAUAAUGAUAAUGUA